AUGCGGACAAACAUGCUGAGGGUAUCAUCAUCUGCUGUCCGUUGUUUGAAAAGCCAUCCUUCGGUCGGCUGGCUCGCGACGCCAACACUCCGCGGGAUCUCCUCGACCAGCUCAUUAUCGGCCACUGCGCUCCCCAUUACCGCAACAGGACCACCUCCCAGUGCUCCCGUGCCAACCUCACCUCAAUAUGGCGACCGAAUCGAAGAACGAAGAAGAAAAGCAGAGUUACUCAAACAAGGCAAAGAGCUCCGCGCAGCAACCCAACCGGGGGCGAAGACAGGUUCUCUGAAGAAAAGGUUUUGGAAAGAGGUACACGUCAAAGAAGUUCCCGAAGGGUACCAAGUCUAUUUGGAUAAAAGGCCUGUGCGAACUCCGAAUAAAUCGAUCCUUACAGUCCCACGCUCGAAGCCGCAUCUGGCACAUGCUGUCGCGAUUGAAUGGGAUCUGCUCGAAUCUGCACAGCAAGCGUUGAAAAAUCAUAAUAUUCCUAUGACCUCAAUCGUGGCUCGAGCGCAGGACAUCAUUGAGUCAGAAGCACAGGGAGAUGGCAAGGUCCGGAAGGAAAUCAUUGCAACCAUGAUGCGUUACCUGGACACAGACACGUUACUCUGUUGGGCACCAGAACACAAGCCGACUUCGUCCUUGGAAAUGCAAGCUGAGCGAACAGAGUCGCUACGUGAGAUCCAGAUCAGGACGGCCAAGCCCAUCCUCAGCUACCUCAGUACAUCUGUGUGGCCUGGUGUCGAAAUCAAACCUGUGCUGGGCGAAAACAGCAUUCUGCCAACGCAGCAAGAUGAAAUGACGAGAAGCGUGAUACGUGGGUGGAUUUCUGGGCUGCCGGCAUACGAACUCGCAGGCCUCGAGCGGGCAGUGCUGGCGUCAAAGAGUCUCCUCGUCGCUACGAGACUGCUGAUCGAGUGGAGCGAGGAGUUCCGGGAUAUGCAACACCCCGGCAGUGAGAAGCGGUUUGGUAUAGAGGAGGCAGCUGAAGCCUCGAGCCUGGAGGUCAGGUGGCAGACUGGGAUGUGGGGGGAGGUCGAAGAUAGCCAUGAUGUGGAAAACGAGGAUAUCAGACGCCAGCUGGGAAGUGUCGUUCUGCUCGUGAGUGGAAGCCGAUAA